AUGGCUCCCCCUCAGACUGUACCGUGCCAGUAUAAGACUGGUAAGACACUAGGAAGCGCAGUAGUCAAAGAAUGUGUUCAUAUCACUACCGGUGAAUACUACGCAUGUAAAGUCCUCAACAAGAAAUUCUUACUUGGUCGAGAACAUAUGGUACGGAAUGAGAUAUCAGUCUUGAAGAGGGUUUCAGCAGGACAUAAGAAUAUAGUUCAGUUGCAUGAUUUUUUUGAGACUACACAUAACCUCUAUCUUGUGUUCGACUUAUGUACUGGAGGAGAACUGUUUGAUAGGAUCUGCGCUAGAGGUAGUUACUUUGAGAAAGACGCGGCCAAUAUCGUAAGGACAGUCACAUCAGCUGUGAAGUAUCUGCACGAUCAAGGAAUCGUUCAUCGAGAUUUGAAACCUGAAAACAUCUUGUUCAAAUCCAAGGCAGAAGAUGCGGAUCUCAUGUUGGCUGAUUUCGGUCUAUCAAAAGUUCUGGAUGAAGACAAUUUCUCCAUUUUGACUACGACUUGUGGUACACCCGGUUAUAUGGCUCCUGAAAUCUUCAAGAAAGCUGGACAUGGUAAACCUGUAGAUAUCUGGGCUAUCGGUGUCAUCUCUUACUUCCUCUUAUGCGGCUACACACCCUUCGACCGCGAAUCGCAAUACGAGGAGAUGCAAGCGAUCUGUAAUGGAGAUUACAAAUUCGAACCUGCGGAAUAUUGGUCAGGCGUAUCAGAUACUGCUAGAGAUUUCGUCAGGAAAUGUCUAACCAUCGAUCCUACCAAUCGACCGACUGCUUCGCAAUUGCUAGAACAUAAGUGGCUGAAGGUUGAUGAAGAUACUUCACUCAAAGAUCCAACUUCGCCUGCUGGAAAGGCUGUGGACUUGUUACCUAAUGUUAAAGCUGGAUUCGACGCCAAGAAAACUUUCCGUAAAGCGGUAUUGGGAAUGAUGGCUGUACAUCGAUUCAAAGAUCAACCUCACCAAGGUGGCGAGCAAACUGCCAAAGAAAAGGAACAGUUGGUGAAAGAAGUUGAAGAAUAUAAGAAAGAAGCUGAAAAUGUGAGUGAAGUCGAACUCAAGUCCAGUCAACCAUCAAUUGCGAUUACACAAGAAUAA